AUGCACUUCUCCAACGCCGCCGCGCUUACUUCUGCGCUCUUCUCCACUAUUGCCUUUGCCGCACCCGCCGCCGAGUUUGGCUGGACGCCGUUGACUGCCACUGUGCAACUUGCCAAUGAUCAAACUGGCGCCAACGCAAAUGUUGUCAUUCCCAUCGACGGUGUGAAGCGACCCGUUCAGGAGCUCUGGGGCAAUACCGCCGUCGCUUACAAUGGCCUCGUUUUCGCUUCGAGCGCUCAGCUCACGGGCUUCCAGCAGACCACCGUCUGCACCAUCACCCAGGAGUGGCCUAACCUGAUUGCAUCUUUGGACGCCGAGAUUACUUCGCUGUCCCUGGGCCGACCCGUCGACCUCUGCUCUGCUUAUAUUGUUUGCGAAUGUGAGGGCAUGGAGGACUUCUUUUAA